UACUUUACCACCAGUCGCACAACGCCUCACACAUCACCAGCUGAGCGCCCCGCCACCAGGUGCAUAAAUCACCUGGCCAACUGGCGACGUAACGGGCAUUGUCCUAAACACAACACCACAGCCGGGCCAAGUGGCGGCCUUAACGCGUCUUAUUUCUCGCGGCUUGUUUACACUGCACGGAUAUGCCUUCAGCUACUUGGGGUAGGUUUACCGAAUGUGGAUUCAGCUUAAGUAUUUACAAGGAGUGUAACGUUACUAGAUAUCUAGCUGUUGUUCUAAAAAACUGGAUUUACUUCAAUAACGAAACACUCUAGGAAAACUUGUUUUAAUACUACACUCUCUUUAGCGUUGAUUAUACCAAGUGCUUGAAAGAACACUUCUUGUUUGAAAACUUUUGGUAUCUAUAAAACACCGACAGGACUAUAUCUACUGUCGUUAGACUUGCUCACGUUUUAACAAUUACCUAACAUUUCUGAUACACGUUAUGGAUUUUCUUCCCUAACCCAACACACUCGCUUGGAUCAUUGUUCAAAACACACUGGAUAUUAUGAAGAGAAACCAAAUUCUUUAGAGUUUAAACGCCAUGGAUCAGCAACUUACAGACGAGGCUAAAGCCUCUCACAAUGGGAACCCAUGUUCAGAUGCUAAGUUCACAUUUGAAGUUAAACGCAAAUCAACCAGACAGAAUGUGACGUGCUUUCUGGUGCUCACGAUCCUUGGGGCAGCCAUGGGAUCUCUGCAGUUUGGUUACAACGUUGGUGUCAUCAAUGCGCCAGAGUCGCUAAUCAAAGAGUUCAUGAACGUCACCCAACACCGGCGCCACGGGUCCGGCAUGACGGAUGAGACGGCGAGAAAUCUCUGGGCUCUGACGGUGUCCAUCUUCUCAGCCGGCGGUUGUCUGGGCGGUUUCCUGGCCGGCUGGUGGGCUACCAAACUGGGCAGAAAACUUGGAUCACUGGCCAAUGUCAUUAUCGGGGUCGUCGGCUCGGCCCUCAUGUUCGCCAGCAGACGUGUCGGCUCAUACGAGAUGAUCACAGUGGGGAGGGUCGUCAUUGGCUUUCAUGCAGGUCUCUACACUGGAAUAAGUCCAAUGUAUCUGUCGGAGAUUAGCCCCGCCAAUAUUCGCGGUGGUAUAGGGGUGCUUCACCAGCUUGCCAUUGUCAGCGGGAUUCUCAUUUCACAAAUUCUGGGAUUCCCCGAUUUGCUAGGUACACCGGAAAAUUGGGAUGUCUUGUUGGGUUUGUCGGUGGGGCCGUGUCUGCUGCAAGCACUUAUUCUACCUUUUUGCCCGGAGAGUCCCCGGUACUUGCUCAUUACCAAACAGGACGAGAAGAAAUGUCGAGAUGCGCUUGUCAAGCUACGCGGUAGUGAAGAUAUUGAAGAUGAAAUGGAUGAAAUCAAACAGGAAAUGAUGUCAUGUAAAACCGGCAGCCAUGUUUCGAUCCUACAACUGUUCAGAUCACCUUCUCUGCGGGCGCCCAUGUUGAUUGGUGUCGUCAUGCAGUUGUCGCAACAGUUAUCAGGAAUAAACGGUGUCUUCUUCUACUCCACCAGCCUGUUUGAGGACGCUGGCCUGUCCAAGCCAACCGCCAAAUACAUCACCAGUGCCGUGGGCGGCAUCAUGGUUGCCAUGACAAUCAUCACAAUCCCGCUGAUGGACAGGGUGGGCAGGAGGACACUUCACCUGACCGGACUUGGGGGGAUGGCCGUCUUUAGCCUUGUUAUAACCAUCGCCCUGGCUCUACGGGGCUCCGUGUCGUGGUUUGAUGUGGCCAGCAUUGUCCUCAUGUUGUUGUAUGUGGUCUUCUUCGCUCUCGGCCCGGGUUCCAUCCCUUGGCUGAUCGUCUCAGAGUUAUUCUCCCAUGAUGCCCGACCUACGGCCAUGUCCGUCUGUGUGUUGGUCAACUGGGUUUCCAGUUUUCUGGUUGGGUUCGUGUUUCCUAGUCUCCAGGCUGGACUAAAGGACUACACUUUCCUACCAUUCACCGUGCUAUUGGUCCUGUUCUUUAUUUUCACAUUCUACAAAGUCCCGGAGACAAAAGGGAAAACAUUUGACGAGGUCACUGCCCUUUGGCGAAAUGACAGUUGCGACAGUCGCCACGAAACGAACGCUAAACCUUUAUCCCGUAACAAAAUACACGAUGUGAAAGGGACCAAAGUCAAAGGUGAACCGGAAAUCAAAAGUAUCAAGUAUGGCAGCACAAACGAAGCAUUUUCAGCAGAUAUAGGAGAUGGGAAAAAUCAGAUCAAUUAAACACUGUAUUAUUUU